AUGGCUUCUAGUAUAGAAAGCAUGGAAGAAAUCCUAAUUAAUCUAGAAAAGGAUAUUUCUUCUCUACAUUCCUGCUUGUUAGAUCAUCUGAUCCUCAUUGUCAUUUUAAGUGAAGAAUCCAAAGCUUUGCUUGAUAUUGAAAUACCAAUACCAAAGUACGGAGAACGGCAGCUUUUUGAUUACCCUUCUUUAUUUAAUAACGAAACAAAUAAAUUUUCACCGAUUAUCACCAAAGAUGAUCAGAAUACAAUGAAUUUAUCUCGAGUCGAUGUCAAGGUUGGAAAUCGACACGAUCGGUACGUUGGAUAUCGCCGUAUUCGUUUCACCUCUUGUGACGAAAUCAUACAUAUUUAUCUCAACUUGCGUAAAUUCACUUGCGGAAAUAAUUCUUAUUAA